UUAGAUGACACCACAGUGGCACUGCAGUUCACAAACAAUGUGAUACAUUCAAAGAGAGAAUACAAAUCAAGGUGAGCUGGUUUAUUAUUGCUGAGGACCGGGCUGAAACUGUGUUUGACAUCCGUUACCAAGGUAAAAGUUGUGGCCUAUUUUUAGUGUAUGUGUGUGUGUGUGUGUGUGAGUGUGUAAGGUGUAAAUGUUGCUUACCAAAAGCAUUAUUUAAAAUUUUUUUUAUUUAAAGCUAACCAUUAACAACUGUAAAAGCUAACCAUUAACAACUGUAAAGCUCAGUGAACACCCUUUCAGUAACUCACACAGGAGUUGAUCUUAUCAUCCAUAUACAGUUACAUUAAAGGUCGGCAAUAUGGACAAAAUUCUUCAGAUUCUUCUGCUUUCACUUCCAACAGUUGCUCCAAAUGGUUCUCAUUCUUUGUGGGUGCUUGCAACUUACAUUAAAGGACAAACACCAUUUCCUGAAUUCAGUUAUGUUUCGAUGUUGGAUGAUGUCAGAGUUCUGUAUUAUAAUGGUGAGACGAAGACUCUCAUUCCAAGAGGAAAUACAACCACUGAAGACACGGUGUUUGAUUCAAAUCAACUUAUCACCAUUAGUGACUAUAUACAAGCAUCUUUUAUAAACAAAUGGGCAGUAGCAACAAACAACUUAAAUAAAACUGAUGGUGUUCUUGCCUUUCAAAGACUGGUUUUAUGUGAGCUGAGGGACAGCGGUGAACCGGGACAAAUGAUCACACGGGAUGCUUUCAGAGGCUCCACCACAGAUGAGUUGCGAUAUUUUGACAAGAAGUUUACAUACCAUGGCACCUUAAAUGUCACAGCACAAGUGCUGAAAAUCCAUCUUGACUUCUCCAUGUGGCGUCAUGAAAAUUUAUACCAACCAUUUUGCAUUAAAACUCUCAAAGGUUACCUUGAAAAGAGGAAAAAUCAAGUAAAUAGAAAAGUGAAACCCAGAGUCAGACUCAUCCAGAAAGCAAACGCAGAUUCUGGCGGGUCAUGGGUGAGUUGUUUGGCAACAGGAUUUUACCCUCGUCACAUCAACCUGACCCUGUUCAGAGAUGGACAGCCUGUGUCUGAUCAUGAGAUCACUGGAGGAGAUCUGCUGCCCAAUGGUGACGGGACGUACCAGAUGAGGAAGAAUCUGGAGAUCAGUGCAGAGGAACAGAGAGAGAAACACAAAUACACCUGCUCUACUACACACCUCAGUCUGGACAACAAACUGGACAUCAGUUUGGAGUAUGAUCAUGGAAAACCAUUCAAAUCAGUGAUUCCUUCAUUCCUAACGGUUAUGGCACUGGUGUUGGUCUUUGGGACUGUGGCUGCUGUAUGGAGAAAGCGACAUAAAUCUUCUUCUAAAAGUGAAUACUCCUCUCCAUCUAUGAAACCCCGAGUCAGACUCAUGCAGAAAUCAAGCACAGAUUCUGGAGGGUCUCGUGUGAGUUGUCUGGCCACAGGAUUUUACCCUUGUCGCAUCAAUCUGACCUUGUUAAGAGAUGUGCAGCCUGUAUCUGAUCAUAAGAUCACUGAAGGAGAUCUGCUGCCAAUGAUGACGGGACGUAACCUGUUAUUUUUUUCAGGUUCUCAUUCUUUGUGGGUGGUUGCAACUUACAUUAAAGGACAAACGCCAUUUCCUGAAUUCAGUUAUGUUUUGAUGUUGGAUGAUGUCAGAGUUCUGUAUUAUAAUGGUGAGACGAAGACUCUCAUUCCAAGAGGAAAUACAACCACUGAAGACACGGUGUUUGAUUCAAAUAUUUUAAUCUCCAUAAGUGACAAUAUGCAUGCAGCUUCUAUGAGAAAAUUGGCAAUAAUUGACAACUUAAAUAAAACUGAUGGUGUUCUUGCCAUUCAGGGACUUUGUUUAUGUGAGCUGAGGGACAGCGGUGAACCGGGACAAAUGAUCACACGGAACGGUUUCAGAGGCUCCACCACAGAUGAGUUGCGAUAUCUUGACAAGAAGUUUACAUACCAUGGCACCUUAAAUGUCACAGCACAAGUGCUGAAAAUCCAUCUUGACUUCUCCAUGUGGCGUCAUGAAAAUGUAUACCAACCAUUCUGCAUUAAAACUCUCAAAGGUUACCUUGAAAAGAGGAAAAAUCAAGUAAAUAGAAAAGUGAAACCCAGAGUCAGACUCAUCCAGAAAGCAAACGCAGAUUCUGGUGGGUCAUGGGUGACUUGUUUGGCAACAGGAUUUUACCCCCGUCACAUCAACCUGACCCUGUUUAGAGAUGGACAGCCUGUGUCUGAUCAUGAGAUCACUGGAGGAGAUCUGCUGCCCAAUGGUGACGGGACGUACCAAAUGAGGAAGAGUCUGGAGAUCAGUGCAGAGGAACAGAGAGAGAAACACAAAUACACCUGCUCUACUACACACCUCAGUCUGGACAACAAACUGGACAUCAGUUUGGAGUAUGAUCAUGGGAAACCAUUCACAUCAGUGAUUCCUUCUGUCCUAACGGUUGUGGCACUGGUGUUGGUCUUUGGGACUCUGGCUGCUGUAUGGAGAAAGCGACAUAAAUCUUCUAUUAAAAGUGAAUACUCCUCUCCAUCUACAUCUGAAGAAAGUGUGGACACAGCAUCGUAACCUCAUCUUCCACCUUUAGAUUCACUAGUGCAUACUGACAACUCCAUCAGCCCCCAAAUACCGACUGUUCCGAAUUGUAUUGACUGGCUCAUGCUCCAUGUGUUUCAGGAGCAAGGAAUAAGGAGACAGGAGCCAAGGGUGCAACAGACAGAGUGCAGAAGAGCUUCCUGCAUCAGCAGAGCCCUAUUUAGCUAUGCUUGCGUAGGGUGUGUUCAACCUAAGGCCUUAAAGGCUUCCUACUUGGUGAUUCUUUACUUAUCUAGUUUCUAACACUGUGUUAUGCAAGCUAUGCAAGCACAGAGAAUGGAAAGACAGAGUUUCAUAUGAUAUGGCAGAGAGAUGUCAAUGUCAUCUGUCAAUGUCAUCUGAGAUGUCAAUGAGGGGGGAAUACAUCAUUCCCCCCUCUCGAUAAUGGAUAAUAAUCACCAGUACCUCCCCUCUGUCAUUGGAAGGAGAGGGGCAGAACUAGUUGUUAUACUCUUUAACAAACAAAAUAUAUUAGGAGCUGCAAAGAUUACACAGAUAAGGUGAAACAAUUUGAAAAAAAAAAAAACUACAAGUACUCAUGUCAUGGUGUCAAGACGCAGCACAGAACAAACUUGAUUUUCUAGUAGAUUCUUGAACACGGAGCUUGAAAAUAGCAAUUGAUAAAAUGGACAGACUUCUGCUCCUGUUUCUGUUUUCACUACCAACAACAGCUCCAAAGGGCUCUCACUCUUUGAGGGUACUUGCAACUUUCAUUGAAGGGCAGUCACCGUUUCCUGCAUUCAGUUUUACAUAAUAUGUUGGAUGAUAUCACAGUUGGGCACUAUGAUUCAGAUAGGAAGCUCUAUUUUGUGAGAGGAAAUACAACAGAAGAUGCUUUUGACCAAAAUUAUCACAGGAGCGUAAAUGACAUAAUGUAUAAUUCU